UGCGUUCUUCAAUCAUUGCAUCUUUGUUGCUUGUUAGCGCUUCAGCCAUACCUGUGUCAGUUUUGCUUUGCCUUCCAGUCCUGGUCCAAGACAGAGUCCCGCCUCCUUCCUUUUCGUGAUUCUUAGCCAUAGCUGCAGCUUUUCCAGUAUGGCAUCGGCUGACCAAGUGAAGACUGGAGUGAAGCGAGCAGCGGCCUCGAUGAAUGUCUUGGAGUCCUACCACGACGGUGUGUCUUUUGUAGCCUCUGCCAUUGAGGCAGAGUGGAAGCGUCAGAAGGCAUUGUUCGAAAGCAACGGCUCCGUUUCUCCUGGAGGUGUCGCUACCAGGGCGCUGGCCACGCGAGGCCCAGCGGGCUACACAUCAGACCUCAAGAGCUUGCUCCUCACCCAAAUGGUUCACCGUAACAAGAUGUUGCUCGAGAGCAACGGGGAAUUGGUAGAGCAGCUUCAUGCGUUGACCAAGGAGCAUAUGGCCCUCCAGUUCGAGUAUGACAAGGUUUUGGACAAUGCCCACGCCCGGUUGGACGCUUUAGAGGUCUCGGGAGUCAUCCAGCUGGCUCAAGAGCAGGUAGACAAGGAGUGGGAGGUUCUCAGGCCAGAUGACUGGGACGAGAAGCACCCAGACACGCUGCCCGAACGUCCUGUGAGUGCUGGUAAUGGUAAUCGCAACCAGGAUGAAAGCGCAAUGCGCAAUUCGAACUCUGUCGAUGCUUCCGGUCCUCGUUCAGGUGCAUCUGACACCGUUGGCAGGGACAAGGAUGCAGCCACGACUUCUUUAGAACGCUAAACUCAACUAGCAGUUUGGCUUGGGGAUAGGAUCAGGCCCUGGCGCAGGCCUAUGGAUUUAAAGAUUGAAGACUCACAGCGCUAGUGAAAUCUGUAGAAUGUAGAAUAGUGCAACAACUUUCC